AUGGCGAACAGCGAUCCCUUCUCAAUGUCGACAAUGCUCAAUUCUUUACAACAUCCUCCACCACCACGUGGCAUCCCCAUAGCCAUUCCUCCUCCGGGAUUCACCCAACCUUGCGGAACUCUUCAAGAACUGGAGAUGCGUUUGCAAUGGAUGUUCAACUUGAUGACUAACAACGAAGAAGACGAUGAUAAUGCGCCUCCGUUUAAAGAGAUGAUCUCGAAGCUAGACAGAAGAGAGCUUCAGGGUAUGGCGUCUCUGCUGACGUCAGACUCCGACUACUUCUUGGAGAUCGCAAGAAAUAAUAACGGCUCUAACCGCCUGCAGAUACUCCUCGGGAAAUCAGAUGACGUGGACGCCUUCAUCUCCGCCGCUAUCUUGCGCCGCUUCCUCCACGUCAUGACCGACAAGAACGCCCUCUACGUGGCGAUUCGUGGAUUAAGAGUUUUCAACGAGGAGAACAAAGAGUCAUACUACGAGCAAAUUCUCCACCACGCGCUUCGGCUUGCGAGUCACCGAUACGGCUGCAUCUCGCUUAACAAUAUCAUAACCGACUUGGACCAUCCUUACUACAGAGAGCAACUGCUAGAAUUACUCGCGCAAAACGCACUGUGGCUAAGCAACGAUGCUUCAGGGAACUUUGUGGUGCAACACUUGCUUAAACAGAAUAACUUGCGGUGCACGAAAAACAUCGCGAUUAAUCUAUAUGGCCACUGUGUUGAUCUUUCUUUCAAAAAGUAUGGAAGCUACAUCGUGGAAAAGCUUCUGGAGAAGGAUGAGUCGAUGGAAGUGGUGGUUUUGGAGCUUUUGAAGUGCGAUGGAGACAGGUUGAUGAGGCUGGCUAGGCAUGAAUUUGGGAAUUUCGUGGUGGGCAAGGCACUGAGAGUUACGCAGAAGGAGAUGAUCAGGGCUCAUCAGUUUAGGGGUUUGGUGAAUAAGCUCGUGCCUUUUCUCCAAUUCUUUCGUAGGUCUCGUGGAAGCAACAUUGCAGCGAUCUUGGAAUCAGUUCUUCAAAUUUUAGUAUCUUAG